AUGAAGUCGAUAUUGUUGCUAAAGACUGAGUCCAAACCGGUCGAUCCGUAUAUUGAUGCAUUUCGACAGUACCAACGAAAUGCAUUUUUUUUGGCAGUUUUACAGCAUCAACCCAUAAACGAAAACAUUUUACAAAUCAAGCUUUCUCAGUUGUUGUCCAAUUAUUGCGGAUUGAUUGUGACCAGUCAGCGAGUUAGUGAAACCCUUAGUGCUGCGUUGAAACAGUUGGAUAAAUCCACUCAAAAAACCAUUUUGAACUCGAUUCCGGUCUUUACGGUGGGUCCGGCAACAGAUGACAGUAUUCGAAGACUAGGAUUCCAACAAACGUUUGGCAGGGAUUGCGGGCGCGGUGAAACCUUGGCUGAUCUCAUCCAAGGUUGGUACCAAAAGACUCGUCCAUCAAAGCCUUUGCUCUUUUUAUUAGGUGAAAAGCAUCGCGAUAUUAUUCCUAAAAAAUUAGGGCGAGACCGCAUUGAAGAGUUGGUAGUUUAUGUAACUCAAGAGUUCGAGCAAAGUCAAAGCCAGGUUUCAGCUAUCAUUAAAAAACACCCAGAAAUCGACUGGAUCGUUGUCUUUAGCCCUACACAACUUUGCUCAAAAUUAGCUUCUUUUUCAAGGAAAUUAGCAACCAUAGGCCCUACUACAGGAAAUCAUCUUCAAAAGCUUGGCAUCGAGCCAAACCUUGUUUCUUCGGCUCCUAAUCCAGUCAGUUUAGCGUCAGGAAUAUAUGAAUAUGAUCAAAAACAUGAAUGA